GUAGUUGAACUACACGCGUCGCUGCGUGCGGCCUGAAAAAACGAGAGCUGGUGGUCGCGAUCGAAAAUCGUAAAUUAGCUGAGAGUGUAGUGUAAAGUGUAGUUUAAAUCAGGGUAAUUUCUCAGCCUCAAACAAGAGAAGGCAAAGAGAUUGAUGGGAUGAUAAAUAAAUAAGCAGCUGAAAAUCCUACUCCCUCAACUGUAAACAUCGCAAGUCAAUUUAUACUGUUUAUAUAAGAUGUACCUGGUGCGCUUAUAUACUGACUAAGCCAAAGAGGAGCGAUCACAAUGCCUGUAACUGAUUGACUCAAUGUGUCAGAAUAAUAAUUUUGAUAAAUAGGAUGCUCACAUUGCGCAAACUAUAUAACAACUGUCCAAUUCCACCUUAGCAAACGCUGACAUCAACACGCGCACAAAACGCAAAAAGAGACUAAAGACCAUGCCAAAAUAUCAGAAGCUUGAUACCAACGUGCCGCCCACCGCCUUCGAAGACGACUGCGAAGAGGGCGUCGCGCUGUACGUUGAUGAUAAUCAGACGGAUCCGGGCCUCCAGCAGGAGCCAGCCAAUCGAGCAGAUCGCCUGUCAAACGUGUACGGAAAAAAACACAGCCUUAACAACAACGGCGUUAAGAGCUGUGUGGUAGUAACAAAGACGAAAACCGACCGGACUUCGGAGGAACAGUCUUGGGAGGUGCCCCUCCUGUGCAGUGAUGACAACGCAGGCAAGGAGCACUCGGAACACGAGCGAAUGGAAUAUGGUAUGGAGCUAGAGUGCCGCAGCCGUCAGCCGGGAUUCGGGGCCAAUCGUAGGACCAAAUCAGCACAGGAGGCAAAAUCUAAGAUUCUGCUCGCGGUGUCCCUGUGUUGCAUCUUUAUGAUUAUUGAGUUCCUUGGCGGCUACUUGGCCGGAAGCCUAGCCAUUAUGACGGAUGCAGCCCAUUUAGCUUCUGAUUGCAUUAGUUUCGUCAUCGGCCUGGUCGCCAUUUGGGUGGGCGGUCGACCCCCGGACGAGCGCAUGUCCUUUGGUUACAAACGCUUCGAGGUUAUCGGCGCUCUGGCCUCUAUACUGGGAAUCUGGCUCCUGACCUCCUUGCUCGUCGUGGUGGCCAUUCAGAGGAUCUACUCUCAGGACUUUGAACUGAACGUCGAUAUGAUGAUGGUCAUAUCCGGCAUUGGUAUCGCCAUUAAUAUUGUAAUGGUGUUUGUUUUGCAUGGCUCCUGGUUCGUGGGAAAUGGACACGGCCACAGUCACGAUCAUAGUCACAGACCCAGUCACGGUCCCUCGCACACCCAAUCACUUACUGAGGCUGAUAGUGAGAGCUUUCUGAUGACGGAGGCAGCUGUACCAUUGAAGACGACUGAUAAGUCUACAAACGGGGCGACAUCCUCGCAACUAACUCACGAAGAGAAAAAUUUAAACUUGCGAGCAGCUAUGAUUCAUGUGAUUGGGGACUUGGUUCAGAGCGUUGGCGUUUUUUUGGCCGCCGUCCUUAUCAAAAUUUACCCAAGUGCCAAAUAUGCGGAUCCGCUGUGCACGGUACUCUUCUCUAUAAUUGUAAUAAUAACGACGGUGCAGCUUUUUCGAGAGUCUUUGGCCAUCCUCCUUAAUGCAGUGCCACUAAACCUUAGCUUGCGCGCCCUGCAUUGCGAGCUGGCCAGCCUCGAUGGGGUCAGAUCUGUACACCACCUUAACGUGUGGCAACACACCACCCAGCAACGUGUGAUGAUGGUGCAUCUCGUCACAGAUUCUCGAUCUGACAGAAAUGAGAUACUUCAGGCGGCCACAAAGCUUGUUUCCGGCCCGAGAUACAACGUGAUGCAUUCCACCAUUCAAUUAGAACAAGCUUCUGCGUAGCCCUAAUAAGCAAUAAACCUACCCAAAAAUUUAUUAUAAGCUUCUAAAUUCUGACCUACCAAAGGCAUCGAAGGCUUCUUGUGAUUUUAGCCACUCAUGUAUUUUUUACUUUAUCCAUGUCAUCAAGUUAGCUUAUUUAUUGCCUCUGCUUAAUGACAACUACUUUGGAAAUUAUAUUUAGAAAUUUCAGUCAUGUUAGGCCAAAGAAAAUAUAUUUUAAGUUAUAUUAAUAUAACCCAACAU